AUGCGUUUGCCAUAUUUGGAUGCUGUGUUUCACGAAGCACUUCGUAUCUAUCCACCAAUAACAUUUUUGGUAAAUCGGACCUGCACAAAACGAUGCCGUAUAGGAGACAUAGAUUUUUAUCCAGGCGUGCAGAUUGGCAUCCCGGUUUGGAACAUCCACCACGAUCCUUAUAUAUGGCCUGAGCCAGAACAUUUCAAGCCUGAAAGAUUUUAUAUGCGCAAGGAUUAUGAUCCAAUGAGCUGGCUGCCGUUUGGUACAGGACCACGCAACUGUUUUGGAAUGCGCUUCGCCACAGCCGAAUAUAAAACAACGAUCGCCAGACUACUACUACAGUUCAAAAUAGUGGCUGAUCCAGAGGUCAAGCUAACUCUGCAGGAUACGUUAGGAAUGCUUCAAGUGCCAUACAUCCGAGUUAAACUUCAAAAGCGAUAG